AUGGGUGGAGUAUGUGUUUCGGGAUCAAGAUUGGCGCCGCACCAAGCAACCGGGUUGUCUAAGUCCCAGUACUACAGGCACCCUCUAGUGACAAAAAUUGGACAAAAAGAUGUGUUCAAGAACCCCAACUUCCUUAGGAGGGCACCCAAAUCAUACAGGAUGGCCAGCACUCAAGCCUCUGUGUUCGGUCUGAAAGAUCCAAGUUUGAUUAAAUUUCAGGCGUUUAUCGAUGGGAAAUGGUUGGACGCAAAGUCCGGCGACAAGAUUGUCGUUACGAACCCCGCUACCAAUGAGGAACUUGGAACGAUCCCCGAUAUGGGCCUAUCGGAAACAAAAGAAGCUAUCGACGCCGCAGCCAAGGCAUUUACAACGUGGAGCAAGACCACCGCGAAGUAUCGACACGACGUACUCCUCAAAUUCCAUGCUCUCAUGCAGGAGCACCACGAUGAUCUGGGCCGACUCAUAACAUUAGAAAAUGGGAAGCCUCUUGUGGAAGGAAAGCUUACAUGGACGAGGGCGAAAAUGCUUAUAGUGCUUCCUUUUUGGAGUGUUCAAGAACUUGGUUCUCAGACGGCCAACAUAUUAAACUUCGCAGCCGAGGAAGCUGUCAGGACAUAUGGAGAACAUAUCCCUUCUGCUCUGCCAAACACUCGGAACAUUGUCGUCAAGCAACCGAUAGGUGUCGUGUCGAUUUUGACUCCCUGGAAUUUCCCGUCUGCCAUGAUAACGCGCAAGCUCGGCGCCGCUCUUGCAGCUGGGUGCACCGCAGUUAUCAAACCGCCACCAGAGACCCCGUUCUCUUGCCUAGCCCUUGCUGAGCUAAGCAUCCGGGCCGGCAUCCCAUCUGGUGUCAUUAACAUUGUUACGACCCAAAAAAAUGUCGUCGAGGUUGGGAAGGAGAUGUGUCAAAACAAGAUUGUCAAGAAGGUCACCUUCACUGGCUCGACCCCAGUUGCGAAGUUACUCUAUGGCAUGGCGUCGUCUACCCUGAAAAAGGUUUCUAUAGAGGCAGGAGGCAAUGCACCGUUUAUUGUGUUCGACGAUGCUAACGUUGACGAAGCUGUUGAAGCUGCGAUUCUCUGCAAAUUUAGAGGAAGCGGUCAGACAUGUGUCUGUGCCAACAGAAUUUUUGUCCAAUCUGCCAUAUAUGCCGAAUUUGCGUCCCGCCUUGCCGCCAGGGUAGCUACGUUUAAAGUUGGAAAUGGCCUCGAGGAGGGAAUAACCCACGGACCGCUCAUCCACGACCGCGCCGUCGAGAAAGUCGACAGACACGUCGCAGAUGCUGUCUCCAAGGGCGCCCAAGUUCUCGUCGGCGGGAAGUCAAUCCCGAACACCUCCUUUUUCAUCCCUACAGUCCUCAGUGAUGUCCCCUUGGACGCACUCAUCAGCGAGGAAGAGACCUUCGGUCCUCUCGCUGCCCUCAUCAAAUUUGAGACAGAGGACGAAGUCAUCAGGCUCGCGAACAGCACCGACGUCGGUCUUGCGGGGUAUUUCUUUUCACGAGAUGUUGGGCGGGUAUGGCGUGUUGCGGAGAGGCUCGAGGUUGGCAUGGUCGGCGCGAACACGGGACUUCUGAGUCAGGCUGUAGUUCCAUUCGGGGGCAUCAAGGAGAGUGGUCUUGGGAGGGAGGGUGGUCAUGGAAUUGAAGAGUACAUGAACACCAAGCUGAUUGUGUUUGGUGGUUUGUGAACGGUAUGCUUGUUGGUUGCUUGUAUUUUUGGCUAGAUACUUUAUACAUGUAAAAUCCACGUCUGUCACUUUUCCC